AUGGCUAACCUAGCUGUCCCGAGAGGACUCCUUCUGAACGCCGAUGAAGUUGUUGGCGGGGGCGCAAAGCACAAAGAGGGUAGCAAUGGAAGUCAGUGGCCCAUGGACCCGGAGCACUUCUCUCUGCCCCUCUGGGAUACCGCAGUGCUGCUAGGGGAACUCGGCAACAACACGGCGUUACCUACCGCUACCGACAUACUUGACGAAGAUUACGAUACUCUCAUGUCCAAUCCCGAAGUCCUCGUGGAGAGGGCACAAAAGCAUGCCCCUCCCCAGCUGGAGGAAGGUACUUACCGAGGGACACAACUGGCAUUGACCAAGAUUUAUCAACUGAUUGAGAAGAGCUAUGAAUCCUUCAUGGACGCUGCGAACUUUGAGCCUUCUAUGCCUCGUCCACUGUCACUUCAGGCGAAAAGGCGCUUGUUUGGCUUCACCGACCCUGUUACGGACGGGUAUCCUCCUCAUCUCAACUUGGCCUCGAACCGCGCGUAUGUCAAGGAGCACCCAGAAGUAGACGAAGGGACCGCACCACUACAGAGACCUACACUGAAGCCGACUGACCUCCACAGUGCGAUGAGAUUGGCGCAACUCUCUGUGCUACUGCCUCAUGCCGUGCCGAAAACAUUCGUUGAACAGACGGCUGCCAAAGCUAAGCAAGAAAAAGUCGAACUUGCAUUUGGUCCAAUGGGUAGACCUGACCAGGGCGAGAAGCUGGCCGAUGUCGAGAAUUACAACAAGGCCAUGCGAAAACGGACCGCUGGCAACGAUAUCUUCGACCUACCUAACAUUGGCGAUCUCGAGGACUGGUAUUCUGAUCACAGGUUUGCACAGCAGUUCUUCACAGGACCCAAUCCGACUACCAUCGAACGCGCCUCUGAUGCAUGGAUUCAACUGUUCGUUGAGAAUGCAACUCAAGCACUUGAAGACCAGAAGAUGAAGCAGAAAAUACAGGAGAUUGUGCGAAGUGACAGAGAUUCACUCUACAUGCAGGACUAUAGCUACUUCCGCGCAUUCGCUGGCAUGAGGGCAUCUGACGAGAUAUCCUGCGAGUUUGACGAAACCUUCAUCGACGGAAAUGAGAAGACAACGAGGACAAGUAAACGGUGCGGCGUGGCAGCAGUGUGCUUGUUCCAUCUGCCUAAAGACGCAAAGCUACAGCCACUUGCCAUCAUCCCUGAUUGGAGAGGAAACGCCGCAGAUUCAGUCUUCAUCUACAACAAAGAGCUGGCCGUCUCUGAGCAGAAGACUGACUGGCCAUGGAGAUAUGCGAAAACCUGCGUGCAAAGCAGCGACUGGCUCCGUCACGAAGUGGUCGUCCACCUCACUAACACUCACCUCAUCGAAGAAGCAGUCAUAGUCGGAGCGCAACGCUCUUUCGAGGACGCACAUCCCGUGUUCCAACUCCUCUACCCUCACUGGCAAAAGACCUUGACCAUCAAUGCGGGAGCCAGAACUUCCCUGGUCCCCAACAUCAUCAUCGACCUCAUUGGUCUCACCAAGGAUCAAGCUCUCAAGUUCAUCAUGGCAGAGUACAGCCGCUUCGACUUCACAGGCCGCUAUGUCCCUGCAGACCUCAAGUCCCGCGGCUUCGACCCCGAAGAGCGCCACGAGCCAAGGUACAAGAACUAUGCCUACGCACGCUGUAUUCAUAGCAUGUGGUUCAAGAUCCGCUCUUGGGUGGAGGAAAUGCUCUCGCUCCACUACACAUCUGAUGAAUCGGUCGCCGCUGAUUCUUGCAUACAAUUCUGGUGCAGGGAGAUGCGAGCACCGGGCGGUGAAGGCGACACUGGCGGAGCAGGCCUCACUUCUUUCCCAACGAUUACCACACUCGACGGUCUGAUUGAUGCGGUGACGAUGUGUAUACACCUUGCAUCACCUCAGCAUACGGCGGUGAACUAUUUGCAGUCAUACCAUCAGUCCUUCGUGAUCAACAAGCCGCCUUGUCUGUAUCGCCCAGUCCCUGCCACCAGAGCAGAGCUGAAUGGGUUUGAGGAGCGGGACCUGGUAGAAGCACUGCCUAUGAACCAUCCUCGAGAGUGGUUACUCGCGAGUCACAUUCCAUAUCUGCUCUCUGCGAAGCCAGGCGACAAGGAGAGCCUCAUCAUCUACGCGGCCUCGAAGUAUCAUCUAUACAAGGCGAAGCCCGGUGAGAAAGAGCAGAAGAUCAAAGCUGCGGCAGCGAAGUUUUACAAGAGCCUCGCAGAGAGCGAGCAAGAAUUCAGGGGCUACGCAGCCGAGACGUGGGAUGCGGAUGUACAUCUUUACGAUGUUUUGAGUCCGAGUUGGAAUGCGGUCAGUAUUGUCAUCUAG